UUAUAGCGAGACUGCGGUGGGCAUUCUGACACUGGGGGGAACUGACAUCCCCAGUGACACCAAUACAGUGAUCAGUGCUAAUAAAAAGCACUGACACUAUACUAAUGGCACUGGACAGGAAGGGGUUAACAUGUGGGGUGAUCCAUUGGUUAACUGUGUGCUGUUUUAUUUUGUACUGUGUGUGUGCUUUCAACUGUAAGCACUGUAAGCACACUGCUAUGCAGAGCCAUGCAAAGCAGUGUGCAGGAGCUGACAGGGGAGAGAACUGUAUUGUUUACAUACAGUUCUCUCCCUCCGUCGAAAUGCAAAAU